AUGCUAUUUAAAAUUGAUUGCUCAAAUAUUGAAUAGAGUAAAAGGAUUGUGAUUACAAACAUUGCUCAAUUUCCAAUUUUGGUAAGAAUAUUAGACCAUAAUGUGUAUAACUUUCUUCCAACAUUCUCAUUACUUAAAAGAGAUGAAUGUAAAUAAUUCCAGAUACUGCAUAAAUAAAAUCUUAAGGAUUAUCGAGAAGUUAAAAUAGAAGCAAUAGAGUUUGAUGAAAACAAACUUGAAUCUUUCGUAAUUUGAUUAUAGUCUUAUUGUAAGUCUGUUCCACCGUUUUGGAACGAAAAAGUAGAAGGUUCCCUGUUGACAUAAAUUCUAUCAAUACCUGCUACAUCUAAUAUUAAUAGAAAUAAUUCUUUCAGUUCAUAUGAUAGAUUGCCAUCAAUUAAUUAGACUUUUCAAGAAUAGAAAAUAACAUAAAUUAAUAAUGAUAAUUCAAUUAAAAUUGACACUCAAACUUUUAAAUAGACAGCUAUUAAUAAUGAAAGUGAUUAAUAAAUAAAUAAAUAAAAAAUUAAUACAUCAUAAUCUUUAUAAAUUAUCAAUUCAAUCAAAAUGGGAGAAGAAUAAAAAAAUUAAUAAAAUUCUCAUCAAUAAAUUUUUAAAAAUUCAACUAAUAGUUUUGAAUCAUAUUAUUAAAUUGAAACUAAUUAAGUUUAAUAAAAAAUUAUUACUAUGCCUAAUGAUCUUAAUUAGUUUUUAGAUCAAAUUGAUUCAUAAAAUAGUCAUUUUUAAUAAUUAAUCCCAUCUUAAUAGUUAUCUUAAACUCAUUCUUAAAAAUUUAUUAUCGAUAAUGCAUAGUAAGAUCUGAGUUUAAGCGAUACUACAUCAAUUUAAAGACAUGAAUAAAGAAAAUUAUCAUUCUUAUAAUAGAGUAAAUAAUAAUUUAAUGAAAAACCUAAAUUAAGAGUUUCAUAAACUUUAAUAACUCAUCCUAAAUCUAUUAUAGAAAGUCAAAGAUAUUUUGAAAAAAAUAAAGAAAUUGAAUCCUAAAUCUAAAAAUAAAUUGUAAAUUAUUCUUUCUAAUAAUAUAGGCAGAAUUGAAAAUAAGCAAAGAAGCUCUUUCCACUGAAUUAGAAUAAUUAAAAUUUAAAUCAAUGUUUCAUUCCAAAAAUAAAUAAUCCACCUAUUCAUAUGAUAUUUACAUCUGGCAUAUGCUCUUAACAAGUGUUAUAUUUCUAAUUAUAGGAAGCACUAUAAAAAAAAUUAUUUCACUAUUUUGA